AAAGGCUGGUCAGGUUGAGUACUUUGACUCCAUCAUAAGGUUACAGUCAUGUUACAAAGUAACCGGAUACGUUUGCACCAAGGCACGUGAUUUUAUGGCUACUGUCAACCAUUCUGCAUCGCUCAUCAUUGGUAAAAAGGCACGCUUCAUACCCAUUGAAGGUCAAGAAAUACCUAAAUUCUGCUUUGGUUUUGCGCGCUAUGAGAUGCUUCAAAACAGAAUUAAGAACAACAAAGUUCUAACAGAUUACAUUGGUCGUGUUGACAAGAAUUACUUACAGCCAACUACAACAAACAAGAUUUUGAGAAAGGUCGCCAUGACAGAUGAAUGGAAAAACAAAGUUGAAAUUACUCUCUGGCCAGAAAUGAUGCAUCUCAUUGGGGACGAAGUUGUAGUGGGAGACAUAGUGGCAAUCAUGUGCGCACAAAUCUCUAAACACAAUGGUCGGUUUCAAUUAGAGUCAACACACCUAGCCACUGUUGUUGUUAACCCAGAAUGCCCACACAUCGCUGAUAAGAUAGCCAGGUUGAAAGCUCUUCCACCCCUAGACGAAGCAGAUAACAACGAUCCACUAAUCACACUACAAGAACUGAAAUCACCAACUAGCCGAAAGCAUGAGGGAGUAACCCGCUUCAGGUGUCGUUCAUGGAUGGAAAGCAUCGAUAUAAAUCGUCGUUGGUACUACGUCUAUUGCUCAACGUGCGAUGAGAAAGUAUAUCCGGAAGAAGACGGAGAACUUCACUUCGUUUGCAAAGAUUGUGAGGAUGUCACGCCAAUAUUCAAGUAUAGUGUUAACGCCAUUAUUAACGACUCCACCAAACCCAUAGAGGUCGUUUUCUUCAACGAAGGAAUGGAAGCACUUUUGAAGAUAACCUGCAAAGACCUCAUAACAAAGCAUGGUUGCACUGAUCCCAAAAAGCUGCCCCAACAAAUGGCAUUAAUGAUAGGCAAGUCAAAGAUCAUGCACCUAUCACUCAGAAAGGAAAACAAUGUGGUGGUAACAAAUGUCUCGGAAUCAGAGACAACUGUCCAAGUCGAUUCACCGGCUCAACAUGUCGCGUCCUCAGCCUUGCCUCCAGCAACGCCGAAUCUGAAGGCCAACAAGUUCAAACGUCCGCAUGCUGAGUCAGGAGAAUCAACUCAGUGCGCCAAAAAAACGCACGAGGACUGAUUUACCAACAGCAAGCAUUUUGAUCAGCUGCACAUAAUGAAGACUAGGCAGCCAGAAGCAUAACCAAGUCAUUGCCUUAAUGAAGCCUAUACACAACUUUUGUACAACUUAUCCACAUAACACACUAGGUGUUAGUAUGCUAAGUUAUAGACAACUCUAAACUGUUUUGUAACACACUAGGUGUUAGUAUGCUAAGUUGUAGAUAACUCUAAACUGUUUUGUACAUCUUUGAUAUG